AUGGUUCCGUGGUUCGAAGAUCGGACCACUCGCUUUGUAAAAAAAACAGAACAGUUACUUGCUGAUGUCGGUUCUGAUCUUGGCUCCUUGUCCUUGAUGCCCGUUCGCCGUCGGGUUAAGGACGCGUUCUCGGUGGUGGUUGCGACGGUUUCAGUGUCUCCGUUGACUGAUUGCUCGAUUGCUCGAUUGCCUGAUUUGCCCCCAAAGACGCCGAAAACGUUUAAAUCCCGGGAGUGCUCUCGAGACGCUUCUUGGAGGGUGGACGUGGAGCCGAAUCCCGGGGGAGACGAUCGCCACCGGUCCGAGCCGCCCCCCGGCUCGCGGGACCCCCGUCCGCACCGGGACCUGGGCAGCUGGAGGGAGAUGGAAGAGCCGGGCGGUGAGGAUCACGAGAGGAGUAGCCCCGAGAGAGGGGGUAGCCCUCCGGGGCUGAGCGACCCCGAGCCGGACGGAGGAAGCGGGAAGGAAUUCCGGGAAGAGGGGCGACGCUGCCAUCAGAACGUCCUUCAGUUCCUCUCCGAGGUGGCCUACCUGAUGGAGCCUCUGUCCAUCAGUAGCAAGGGAGCCACUGACGGGGGCAGGGCCCAGCCAAGUUGCAGCCCCCCAGAAGGGAGCGAUGCCCGCGCGGCGGGGGGAGAGGCGGAAGAGCCGGCCCCCGAACCUCCCAGCCCGGGGGCCCCACGAGAGUCUGGCGGAGGAGCGGGCCUACAGCUGCCCCAGGACACUGCCCGGCAGGAACACGGGGAGCCAGACGUGGGCGAGGGCUCGGCUGGGCUCCCGGCCCGCGGGCCCGGUGACGACGACAAAAGCAGAGUUGCCGCUGCCAGCCUUGUCAGGGCCCCUCUGGACUUCUUCUUCGGCAGCGGCCCCGCCAUCUCGCAGCGGACCGACAGGAGCCGGAGUGAUUCCAACCCGGACCACCUCCUCCUCAAGAAGACGCUUCUGCCCCUCUGGAAGAUGAUUGCCAGUCACAGGUUCAGCAGUCCAUUUCUAAAGCCCGUGUCAGACCGGCAGGCCCCGGGCUACAAGGACGUAGUGAAAAGACCCAUGGACCUGACCAGCCUGAAGAGGAACCUGUCCAAAGGGCGGAUCGGCAGCACGGCCCAAUUCCAGAGGGACCUGAUGCUCAUGUUCCUCAACGCCGUCAUGUACAACGCCGCCAACCAUCACGUCUACCACAUGGCCGUGGACAUGCAGAGAGAGGUCCUGGAGCAGAUCCAGGUGCUGAGUAUCUGGCUGGACCGGCGGAGAGAGAUGAGUGGCCUUGACUAAGUUCUCUCCCUCCAGAGUUGGGAGAGCCAACUUAAUCCCUGCACCUGCCAGGGCCCUUUGGGUUCUGGGAGGGUGGCUCUCUUAACCGGAGUUGUAUUUCCUAGAUGACCAAAGUCCUAUUUCCUAGAUGACCAAAGUCCUAUUUCCUAGAUGACCAAAGUUCUAUUUCCUAGAUGACCAAACGGAUUUCCUAGGUGACCAAAGUCGGAUUUCCUAGAUGGCCAAAGUCAUAUUUCCUAGAUGGCCAAAGUCGGAUUUCCUAGAUGACCAAAGUCGGAUUUCCUAGGUGGCCAAAGUCUGAUUUCCUAGAUGGCCAAAGUCGGAUUUCCUAGAUGACCAAAGUCCUAUUUUGUAGAUGACCAAAGUCCUAUUUCCUAGAUGGCCAAAGUCCUAUUUCCUAGAUGGCCAAAGUCAGAUUUCCUAGAUGACUAAAGUCAGAUUUCCUAGAUGGCCAAAGUUGGAUUUCCUAGAUGACCAAAGUCAUAUUUCCUAGAUGACCAAAGUCGGAUUUCCUAGAUGACCAAAGUCCUGUUUCCUAGAUGACCAAAGUUGGAUUUCCUAGAUGACCGAAGUUGGAUUUCCUAGAUGACUAAAGUCAUAUUUCCUAGAUGACCAAAGUCGGAUUUCCUAGAUGAUCGAAGUCCUAUUUCCUAGAUGACCGAAGUCGGAUUUCCUAGAUGACUGAAGUCAUAUUUCCUAGAUGGCCAAAGUCAUUUCCUAGAUGGCCAAAGUCAGAUUUCCUAGAUGACUAAAGUCAUAUUUCCUAGAUGGCCAAAGUCGGAUUUCCUGGAUGACUAAAGUCAUAUUUCCUAGAUGACCAAAGUGGGAUUUCCUAGAUGACCAAAGUCCUAUUUCCUAGAUGACCAAAGUCCUAUUUCCUAGAUGACCAAAGUCCUAUUUCCUAGAUGACCAAAGUCGGAUUUCCUAGAUGACUAAAGUCAUAUUUCCUAGAUGACCGAAGUCGGAUUUCCUAGAUGACUGAAGUCCUAUUUCCUAGAUGGCCAAAGUCAUAUUUCCUAGAUGGCCAAAGUCAGAUUUCCUAGAUGACUAAAGUCAUAUUUCCUAGAUGGCCAAAGUCGGAUUUCCUGGAUGACUAAAGUCAUAUUUCCUAGAUGGCCAAAGUGGGAUUUCCUAGAUGACCAAAGUCAUACUUUCUAUGCACCCACCGGCUGAAUGUUUUCCAGAGGCUUAAAUAAACAUUUAUUGAAGAAAGGGACAUUUUGGGUGAGAGAUUCAUUGGGGCUGGGAACGGCU